AUGACGCUCAAGCAGCAACGAGAAAGGAGGACUGCCAGCGCCCGCUUGAGUUGGAUCUUCGUCUUGGCAAUUUCUUCCGCAGCAAUCCUGGUUGCCCCCGUCGCCGCAAACAGCAAUCAGUUGUGCAAUGCCGAGAAGGAGCUGUACGCCAACUGUGUUUUCCGUCUAGACCCAGACGUCGGCAAAGCCUGUGACUCUUGUCGAAUUGCAACAUUCGACGACUUGCCCGAUCGUAAUGAAAACUGUGAAGAAACGGAGGCUAAUCUGUGCCAAGCAGUUCAUACAUGUGGUUGUCAAAAUUGCCAAGAUGAGCUUGAAAACUUUUGGCAAUGCACGACCGUCAACACCAGCAACGGGACCUGCGGGAUUGAAUGCUUCACCGAAAAGUCAACUACGCCAGAGGGCCCCUUGUGUCCCGAGCAUUUUGAUGCUUACAAGGAAUGCGUCUUGAAUGAUCUGGAUGAAGAAACUAGAGGAUCGUGCGAUGAUUGUCGAUUGCAGGCAUCCAAUAGCAUCCCUGAGGAUGUAACUGAUUGUGGCGUUGUGCAAGGUGAGCAGAGCUCGCUGCAUCAUCAGGCACCAUGCACUUGCCUUUUGGCGAAUGCAGACAACAAAUUGGAAUAUGCA